AUGUUCAAGAAACUGAAGGCUAAGAUAGAGGAGGGAGGAGAAGGUGGUAUAGACAAUGUGUCCUUUAGUGAGAGGAGGCUCCCAGGGUCAGCAGUGAGGACAACAUCAGACCAACCCACCACCCCCCGGCCCCUGCGUGCUAGUCCCCCACCACACUCUCUCGUUACCUCUAGUAGGUCACCCAGCCCCUUGUUGUCAGCUGACGAGGACGUGGAUGAUGAGGGCGUGGCAGUUCCCUCGAUUGAGUAUGAGAGGAACGUUUCAAUCAACUCAGCAACUGAGGUUCUUCCCAUGCACAUCACCUCCAAGCCCACCUCGAAGUAUGAGGCACUCCUGGAAGCUAGGAUAAAGCAGCUUGAAGAGGAGGUGACCUCUCUGAGAGACGAGAGCAGUGAGAGAGAGUUAGAGCACCAUCAAGAGGUGGAGAGACUGAGGGGACAAGUGGAGAAGCUGGACGAUGAGAGAACAGAGCUUAAACUACAGGUAGUAGAGCUCCAGUUGGAGAAGGGAGACUGUGAGAGCCAGCUGUCCGAGAGAGAUAGGGAGUGGGCGGGGCUUGAGAGACAGAUGAACGAGAAAAUGGAGGCAGCAAAGAAAGAGCUAGAGGAUAGGCUGCACUCCCUUGAGGAGACCAUUACAGAGAAGAACCAGGAGCUGUUGGACCGCGGCUCUGCCCUGGGUGAGCUAGAGAGCAAGAACACUCACCUCCUCUCUCGACUGUCAGCCUUUGAGGAGUCCUCUGAGAGCGAGGUGGCCAAGAGACUGCGAUCAGAGGUAGCUGAUAUGGAGAAGACGCUGAGAUCGAGAAACUUUGAUAUUCAAAUCUUAGAGAGAAGGCUAGCCCACCAAGCCAAGGGAAAUCAAGAGGAAGUCGGUGCUGUGGUGGACAAGCAGUUCUCACUGGAGAGCACGAACAAGGACGUGAGCGGUCAGCUGGAACAGAGGAAGCAAGAGAACAGAGAGCUGAUGAGAAAGCUAGAGAGUGAGCGAGGGACGGUGGGGGAGAGGACGAGGGAGUUAGAACAACUGCAGAGUCAGCUCUCACUGCAGGAGAACAAACACAAGCUGCUUGUUGAGAAGGUACAGUUGGAGGAGAUGCGGUCUAAUCACGAGAGACAGGUUCUUGUAAAUGACCAACUGCUUCAAGAGAAGGAGGAACGAAUCACAGAGCUACUCACCAACCUCAAGCAGCUACGUGGUGACAUUGGCUCCGCCCAACUCCCGGACGGCUCUAUUGUGGCCUCGGUUGGAGGGUUGCGCCCACCUGGUCUGGCUAGACGUACUGCUACCAUAGGAGUGCAAACAAGCGACGAAUUACUUAUUGACAAUUCCGAGCCAGCUAUUUUACAGGUCGACGAAUCUGUGGGUGUGGUCCGUCCACUACUGACCAAUGGGGAGAGAGCUACUAUGAUGUCACUUGGACCUAAUGAAGAGCUGACGUUGUUGAGAGAAGAUCAGUUGAGGCUGGAGGACGAGGUUGCCGGGAAAAACAAAAUAAUCAAACUUCAGCAGCAAAAGAUUCUAGACAUGAAGAAAACACUUACCAAGGAACUACAAAGAACACAGAGCAUACCCGAGAUGGCUGGUCGAUCUGACCACUCACCCUCACCUCCCCCUCCCAGAGUAGCAGCAGACGUUAAUUUUCAAUAUCUCAAGUAUGUUGUGUUGAAGUUCAUCAGUAGCCGUGAGGAUGAGUCCUCUCAGUUGGUGAGAGCCCUCUCCACUCUGCUGGAGUUUAGUCCACAGGAGGAGAAAUACGUGAAAGACUACCUCGAAUACAAGAUGUCAUGGUUUGGAAGUCUCCCUCCACCGCUCACUCCAUCUUUGGUCAAUAAAUAAACAUCCUAUAAUUAUAGCAUAAUUUAUAUGUUUGUUUAAUACGAUCAACACACACUUUUGCAUAUAUUAUAUCAAUCCUGUAAAUCUCUCAUGUGACUUAAUUUGUUGUUGAAAAUAAUUAUUAAUUUAAUGA